AUGGGAUCCACUCUGACUGCCACGUACGCCCGGCCAAAAACCAGCCACUUCCUGCCCGCCAUCUCCACCAUGGCUGCCAGUUACCGUGGCAUCCAGCCUGUUUCGGCCAUGAGUCACAGUGCCAACCAGUGGAGGACCAACAGCUACUACAAGAACACUGGCACUCUCCCAUCUUCCCUAUCCAUCCAACGGGAAAACCUCGACCUGGUCCGAGCCAAAACCAUGUUCUACCCAUCCAACAGAACUGCCCUGUCGACAAGAUACACUCCUGACGACUGGUAUAAAUCCAACUAUAGCAACUACCGAGAAUCGGAAUCGUCCCGGAAGAGCGCGGAGAGGCUAAGGCAAGACACUAUUCGAUUAAUGCAGGAUAAGGAUCACCUGACCCGGAGGACGCAGGAAACUACCAGUAAAAAUCUGGGAGAGAGGGUGAACGACAUCGUCUUCUGGAAGUCGGAGCUGAGCCAUGAGAUCGAUAACAUGGUGACGGAGAUAGCAGCUCUCAGCGAGGUCAAGAGGAGGCUGGAGAGAGCGCUGGCAGAGACGGCAGGGCCACUUCAGGUGUCUCAAGAGUGUUUGUACCACAGAGAGAAGCGGAUGGCCAUUGAUCUAGUGCAUGACCACGUGGAGAAAGACCUAAUUAAAGAAGUGGAGGUGAUCAAAUCAUGCCAGGAGAGGAUGAGAAGGCAUUUGGAAAGAGCGGUGGCACAAUUGGCGUCUAACCGAGCAGCGCAGCAUGAACUGGAGAGAGACAUGAGCGACAAAGUGACAGCUCACAGGAUCGACGACCGAUGCCACCAUUUGAGAAACACAUCUAAUGGGAUCGGCUACUACAGAGGCAUCGAGAGACUGGACCCGUCAAUUUCUCUUCCCGACACCUGGAGCAAAUUCACGGAUGACAAUAUUUUGCACUCCCAGAGCGAACGCGCCAUCUCGCACAAACUACGAGACGAGAUCGAGAUCCUGCUCAACACCACCUCCAACGAGAUGUGGAACCAGUUCAACAACGUCAAUGUGUCGUUUACCAACCGCAUCUCUGAGACCUCAGACGCCAAGAGCAGUCUGCAGACGCACCUGGCCAAGACCCUGCAGGAAAUCUUCCAGACAGAAAUGCUGAUUGAGUCUUUGAAGAAGGCGCUAAGAGACAAAGAGUGUCCGCUCAAAGUGGCUCAAACUCGGAUGGAGGAGAGGAUCAGACGCCCCAAUGUGGAGCUGUGCCGGGACAACCCACACCACAGACUGGUUGUUGAAGUGAAGGAGAUCGAGGACACCAUUUACAAGCUGCAGGAGCGUCUGAUGGAGGCGGAGAACACGCUGCAGAACCUGGUGAAGACCAAAGUGACGCUGGAACACGACCUGUCCGUCAAAGCCAACUCCCUGUUCCUGGACCAGGAGAAGUGCAUGAGCAUCCGCAAGAGCUUCCCCAGUAUGCCCCGCCUGGUCGGAUUCACAUGA